ACUCUAUGAUAACUUCCUCCACCCCGCGCACCCGCUUUUCUUUUACUGUUGGACUAAACUUACAAUCGUUACAGUGGUGUGUAUACCUUUAAACCUGGGAGCAGCAUCCGUUUAGCGCUGUCAGGGCUAGAGUAUAACCAGACGAUGGUAUUUUCCAAACCAACGAGGCAAUGUGUCACUUGUGAGAAAAAAACGCGAUGAUGGCAUCGCGCUGCUGUACUUAAGGCGCUUUCUGUCUACUCCCUGUCGUGUCGUAACGUUUCUGCAUGCAAUGGAGUCUGUGUCUAUAUGGAGUUCGCCUGGGAAUUACAUUAGACUUCACUGCUUUAAUUCGUCGCAAUGCUGCGGUGUAUCAUCGAUGAGGAUUUGUUAACCGCGGGGACAACGAAGACGAGCAGAGCACACCGACAUCAUGUCUGAUCGGAAUUACUGGACGGUGUGUCCAAGUUAUAAAAGCCAGUUCGUUUCUGGAGGUUUAGUCAAACGGCCCAAGAGUAACCGGAACAAGAGGAAGAGUUUGGCUCCCUCACCUACUCUAUCAAGACCGCUCUCACCCCUUCCUUUGCCAACUGGCAGCAGUCCGUUGGACAGUCCCAGAAAUGUCUCCAGCAGUCCUUCGGUCAAUUUUCCAUUCAUACGUAGACCAGACACACGAAGGUGGUCUGUGGCGUCUGUCUCCUCUGGGUAUGGAACCAAUCCUCCCAGUUCUGCUGUUUCAUCUUCCUCCUCCUCACAGGAGCUCCUGCACCAGCUGCCCUCCCAGCCCACCCCAGAUGACCUCCAUCGCCUCUUCAAGCAUUUCAGGAGCUCAGAGAGUGUGGCAGAUGAGGAUGGACAGCCCUCGCCUUUCCGUCCUCGCUCACGGAGCCUUAGCCCUGGGCGGACAUGUGGCUCUUUUGAUAACGAGAUUGUGAUGAUGAAUCACGUCUACAAAGAACGGUUUCCAAAGGCUACGGCUCAGAUGGAGGGGCGUUUGCUGGCAGUGAUGGCAGACUACUCCCCAGACAGAGCUCCUCCUCUUGCUGAUGGAGUGUUGGGCUUCAUUCAACACCAGCUGGUUGAGCUAGUCCGAGACUGUCUGGAGAAGUCCAGAAAGGGGCUCAUCACAUCCUGCUACUUUGUGGAACUUCAGGCAAAAUUAGAGAAUUUCCUACAUGAGGCAUAUGAGCGCUCUGAGAGUGAGGAAGUGACUGUAAUUAACAAACUCGUGAAGAAGAUUCUAAUCAUUAUUUCCAGACCAGCAAGACUACUGGAAUGUCUGGAGUUUGACCCUGAGGAGUUUUAUCAGCGUCUUGAAGUUGCAGAAGACCAUGCGAAAAUUGGCCAGGGCAUCAAGACUGAUAUCCCCCGAUACAUCAUCAGCCAACUGGGUCUCACCCGAGAUCCCCUGGAGGACAUGGUACAUCUUGAGCACAACUCAGGCAGCCCAAGCAGAGAACUGGGUGACACUUCAGAGAAUCGGCCUGGAACCACAACGCCUCGAAGAAAACCUCUGGAAAGAGACUUUGAGACUAUAAAGCUCAUCAGUAAUGGGGCUUAUGGGGCUGUUUACCUGGUAAGGCAUCGUGGGACACGGCAGCGAUUUGCCAUGAAAAAGAUCAACCGGCAGAACUUGAUCCUGAGGAACCAGAUCCAGCAGGUGUUUGUGGAGCGAGACAUCCUGACGUUUGCAGAGAACCCUUUUGUGGUCAGCAUGUUCUGCUCCUUUGAGACACGACGGCACCUCUGCAUGGUCAUGGAGUAUGUGGAGGGUGGAGAUUGUGCAAAUUUGCUGAAGAAUAUGGGUCCCUUGCCGGUGGACAUGGCCAGAAUGUACUUUGCAGAGACUGUUCUGGCACUAGAAUAUCUUCAUAAUUAUGGUAUCGUGCACAGGGAUCUCAAACCUGACAACUUGCUCAUUACAUCAAUGGGGCACAUUAAACUGACUGACUUCGGUCUGUCUAAAAUCGGUUUAAUGAACAUGACCACAAACCUGUAUGAAGAACACAUGGAGAAAGACACAAGAGAGUUCAUUGAUAAACAGGUUUGUGGCACUCCAGAGUACAUUGCACCAGAGGUGAUCCUGAGGCAAGGUUAUGGAAAACCUGUUGAUUGGUGGGCCAUGGGCAUUAUCCUGUAUGAGUUCCUGGUGGGCUGUGUGCCUUUCUUUGGAGACACUCCAGAAGAGCUCUUUGGCCAGGUUGUCAGUGAUGAAAUUGAGUGGCCAGAGGGUGAUGAUGCAUUGCCUCUUGAGUCUCAAGACCUCAUCACAAAACUGCUGAGACAGAGUCCCAAAGAACGCUUGGGAGCUGGAGGGGCAGCAGAGGUCAAACAUCACAUCUUCUUCCGUGGUCUGGACUGGAGUGGCUUGUUAAGACAGAAAGCAGAGUUCAUUCCACAGCUUGAAACGGAAGAAGACACAAGCUACUUUGACACACGUACUGAGCGUUACCAUCACUCUGAGGAGGAUGAUGAGACCAACGAUGAUGAAUCUUACCAGGAGAUCAAGUUUUCUUCCUGCUCGCAUCGCUUUAGCAAGGUGUACAGUAGCACCGAGCAGCUGGCUUCUCCCUCUAACUUGAGCCUGUCCUCCUCUGAGCGGAGCUGCAGUGAGGAGAAGGAGGACCGGUGGGACGGUCAUUCAAUGCUCUCUCCAGUAGAAACCCCUAGACAGCUCCCAAGUUACGACAGGAAGCAGGAUUCACACAGGGGCAGUCCAAGUCCGAGGCCGAGAGCAUCAUCCAGUUCCUCUCAGCAUGAGAGGGGCACUAGUCCUCUGAUUCUGAACAGCACUCAGAGCCUUGAUGCUAUGCCGCACUUUGCUUUUCCUGAGGAUGAGGAAGGUCUUGUCUCAAAUCUCCAGCGAAUUCGUCUGCGCAGUAACUCCACUGGAACAAGACCUACUAAUCGCAGGGACCACAAGGGUCCACGUCGCCUCGGACUCCAGCAGGAGACCCCAGAGAAGCUACGCUCACCAUUUAUAUGCAAAGUCCCUAAGUCUGCAUCCGUGUCUGGCCUUUCCCUCAUCGUCACAGCAGAUGACAUCCCUGGUGGGCUCCAGACAAGCCCCAUGUCUUCACACUCUCUCUCAUCCAACCCUUCAUCUCGGGAUUCUUCCCCCAACCGAGACCUCUCUCUCAGCGUAAGCAGUCUUCGUCCUCCUGUGGUCAUCCACAGCUCUGGGAGGAAGUACGGCUUUGCGCUCCGUGCCAUUCGGGUCUACAUGGGCGACACUGAUGUCUACACGGUGCACCACAUGGUUUGGAGUGUUGAAGACGGCAGUCCUGCUCACGAGGCCGGGCUGAGGGCUGGUGACCUCAUCACUCACGUGAAUGGAGAGUGUAUCCAGGGUCUGGUGCACACCGAUGUGGUGGAGCUUCUGCUAAAGAGUGGCAGUAAAGUGACUCUGCAGACCACUCCUCUUGAGAAUACGUCCAUUAAAAUCGGGCCUGCGAGAAAGACCAACUCAAAGGGGAAGAUGGCACGACGCAGUAAAAAGAGCAAAAGGAAAGAGGGUCAAGACAGCAAACGACGAAACCUGUUGAAGAAGCUGCCCAAACACAAUCCGGCGAUUCAGAACAGUCGCAGUUUCUCAGCGGGGUUUCAGCACUCACCUAACGACAGCUUGUCUGACUCUCCAACGCCGAGCUUGUCUCCGGGGCCCAACACCCCGUGCAGAAGCCCAGCUCCAGACCUGUCAUGUGAUUCAAACUCUCCACAGAGUUCUUCACCCUGCUCAAGUUCUCCGAAUUCACCCAUCCCUCAAAGUCGACCAAGUUCCCUUCACGUUUUGGGAUCCAAGAUUGGCCUCCGCUAUGGCAAAGCAGGCCGCUGCAAGUCCACCAACAGUAUUCCCCCGUCUCCCCUCGCCUGCAAUCCCUCCUCACAGCCUCUGUCUCCACAGUGUUCUCCAUCUUCCCUUGCCGGAGUUCCUAAAAGCCUCCACUCAUUUCAUAAUAAGAUGGUGUCCCCGCCGACCAUCGUGAGACAGACGAUGUGUCCCCGCAGUGCAGAAUCACCUCGUUCGCCGUUGCUGAACAGGGUUCAUUCAUCUGAGAGGCCCUCCAGUGCACAACAUGGAGACAAAAAGGGCUUCUCCACUCGAAGACACACUGUGGAAGUUCCCCAGAGUGAAGCUGAGGGACUUGAGUCACAAACUUGUGACAUUGCCUCAGGUUUUGUGUGUGUCGGUGACCAUGCUAGACAAGGGUUGUAUGUGGCUGGCCAACGAGCAAGGGACUCCAGCGGUGUGGUUAUGAGGAAGCUAAACUUGUCUGAGAGACGAGAUUCAUUUAAGAAACAGGAAGCUGUUCAGGAGGUCAGCUUUGAUGAGUCUGAUGACAAGGAAGUCACAACAUCUACACCACUGCCAUCUCAUCCACGUUUCAAAGCGGCAUGGAUCAGCAUGAAUCAACACAACACAGGCGGAGGGAAGCUCUGAGACUUCAGCGAGGAAAACCGACAAGCUUAGAUCCCAGCUAAAAGAGAAUAAACCAGAGGAUGGCUGUUAGCCUUAGAUAAGUCCAAAGAACUGUGCGACUCCGAUGUACGGGUGCUUCCAUUAUCAUUAAAAUCAUAAUCAGAGAAAAGACAGGACUAGGAAGUAUUUGUUUAGUGUCAUUUUCAUAAGUUAGAAGUCAUUCACCUGCCAAACUGUCUUUUAGAUUGAUAGUUUUCUAUAAAGGAAAAUUAUGUCAUCAUUUUUUCAACAUCAUAUUGUUGUAAACAUACUUCCAUGUGUAGAACAUAAAAAUGCCUGU